AUGAAGCAAAUGAUCGAACCUGUUCCCGACAUGGCACAGCCCUUCUCACCAGAUCCAGCCCAGCUCUUUACCGGCUCCAAGUCACAAACAACAGGAAGAAUAAUCAAACCACCAUCACCCAGCUUGAAACCUCAGCCCAGGGCAACUAAGCAAACAAAGAAGAAGAGCUUCAAGGCCCUUGAGGAUGUCGAUUCGGACUAUGAGUAUGACAACAGGGACAACGAUCUGAGUGACUUGUCCGAUCUGGAGCUUUCGUCACCAGCAGGGAGGUGCAUGAGAAAACGUGGUCCUUGUGUAUCACCGCCACUUACUGUGACCGUCAAGGAGCCUAGGGCCAUAAGAGUUCAGAAUCCAGCUGUCAUUACGGCGCUUGUCAUCCCGUCCCCGCAGAGAGAAGUUUCGACUUCCCCAGUUGUUCAGAAGUCCCUAGCUGUCCAGAAGAAAGCCCCUGAUGGGCCUGCCAAGACUUGUCAGAAGAAGUGCAAGCAGCUGGUUCAUUCUCACUAUCAAUGCCCUGUUGGUCAGACUUUUUGUGUUGCCUGGGACUAG